CUUCUCAUUACUACUAACUCAACUAUUCCCAAUCUCCCUCAAUACUACACAUUCCACCCAAAGCCCUCCCCAAAUGGCCUCAAUCACCUCUCCCUCCCACUCCAAAUCCCUCACCCUCUCAACCGGCCACACAUACGCCUACAUCCACCACCCUCCCACCCCCCAACACCAAACCACCAUCCUCUUCCUCCACGGCUUCCCCUCCUCCAGCUAUGACUGGCGCCAUCAAAUCGCCUUCUUCGCUUCACAGGGCUACGGGAUCCUCGCCCCCGAUCUUCUCGGCUACGGCGACACCAGCAAACCCGUCUCUCUGGACGCCUACAAAGCCAAUGCCAUGGCCGCCGAGAUCAUCGAGAUUCUGGACCACGAGGGCCAGGAGAAAGUGCACGCCGUCGGCCACGAUAUGGGCUGUGGCUUGCUUUCCAGGCUGGCGGAUUACUAUCCGGAGCGGCUGGCGUCGUGUGUUUUUUUGGCUGUGCCGUACGCGAAUCCCGGGGGACGGUUUGAUCUAGGGAUGGUGAAUCAGAUGUCCAGGCAGGUUUUGGGGUAUGAGCGGUUUGGGUAUUUGGGCUUCUUCGUGGGGGAGGAGGCUGCGGGGGUGUUGGAUCGGUUUGGAGAGAGUUUCUUCACACUCUUCUACCCCCAUGAUCCGGACCUGUGGAUCUCGCAUGUCGGUCCGACAGGGGCCAUGGAGUUAUGGUUGCACGACGAUGCGCGAGCCCCGUUGGCUUCGUAUCUGACUGAAGAGGAAAAAGCCAAACACCAGCAAAUCAUGCACGGCAACCACCGCUUCGCCCUGAACUGGUACCGGGCCCUAGUGGGAAACAUCAACGCGGAAGACGAGCUGCGUGCCGGGCUGGAACCUGCUCUUAAGAUGCCGACGCUCAUGGUCAGCCCGCAGCCCAGUCGGCUGGAGUUUCCCGGCGUGGAGGAGAAUAUGCGUGUAGUGGCGCAGGACUUGACGCUUAAGCACGUUUCGACGAAGGGGCAUUGGCUGCAGUUGGAGGCUAGGGAGGAGGUUAAUGGGAUUUUGGAGAGGUUUUUGGAGAGUGUGGAUGGUGCUGAGCUUAGGUAGAGCUGGUCUCGUAGGUGAUGUAGAGAUUGUAGUAAUAUGAUUUAUAUGACAAAG